CUGUCAUCUGCCAUUCUUGUCAACAAAACCAUUUGCGCUUCAUCAACCUUUAAUCAGUUUAGUUCAGGUGUCGAAGUAGUUAGUUUAUUCUUGCGAUUCUCAGCAAUCGAAAGUUGAACGUGGCUGUUCCAGUGAAGUGGUGCAAUGUCUGACUCCGAAGCAAGCAACUUUUCCGACAAUGAGAACGCUUCGGACGCCGGUUCCGUGCGAUCUCGGAGUUCCAGAGGCAGCAGGUCCCGUUCCAGAUCUCCAUCGAGGUCUAGAUCCAGAUCUAGGUCCAAAUCUGGAAGUCGGUCGGCACGCUCAGGGUCCGAGGCACGCGAGGCUUCUGAACCUGAAGAAGUAGAGGACGAGCAGGAACCAGAAGGUGACUCUUUGGAAGAGUACGAUAGUGAAGAAGAUGACGAAAGUGAUUCUGGUCGUGCGAAGAAGAAAAAGAAGAAGGAUAGAUAUGGGGGCUUUAUUAUCGAUGAGGCCGAAGUCGAUGAUGAAGUGGAAGACGAGGAUGAGUGGGAAGAAGGGGCGCAGGAGAUCGGGAUUGUGCCGAAUGAAGUGGAUGAAUUUGGGCCAACUGCUAGAGAGAUUGAGGGGAGAAGGCGUGGGACAAACCUUUGGGAUGCCCAGAAGGAGCACGAGAUCGAGGAGUAUUUGAGAAAAAAAUACGCCGACGACAGUGCUGCUGCUAAACACUUUGGUGAUGGAGGCGAAGAAAUGUCCGAUGAAAUUACCCAGCAAACUCUCCUCCCUGGUGUUAAAGAUCCCAACUUAUGGAUGGUCAAGUGUCGAAUCGGCGAAGAAAAAGCCACCGCUUUGCUACUUAUGCGUAAAUUUUUGGCAUACCAAAAUACGAACGAACCGCUCCAAAUUAAGUCAGUUGUGGCACCUGAGGGAGUCAAAGGUUACAUUUACAUUGAGGCGUACAAACAACCCCACGUAAAAGCUGCGAUCGAGAACGUAGGAAAUUUAAGAAUGGGAAUUUGGAAACAACAGAUGGUACCCAUUAAAGAAAUGACUGAUGUACUGAGGGUAGUUAAGGAACAAACAGGACUUAAGUCAAAACAGUGGGUUCGUCUGAAACGUGGUCUUUACAAAGAUGACAUAGCCCAAGUGGACUACUUUGACAUGGCCCAGAAUCAAGUACACUUGAAACUUUUGCCGCGUAUUGACUACACCAGGUUGAGAGGGGCGUUAAGAACAACGCAAUCGGAAUCGGAAGCCGAAAAGCGGAAAAAGAAGCGCCGCCCUCCCAGCAAACCCUUUGAUCCAGAGGCGAUUCGUUCAAUUGGUGGCGAAGUCACCUCAGAUGGUGAUUUUCUCAUCUUUGAAGGCAAUCGCUACUCCCGGAAGGGUUUUCUCUACAAGAACUUUACCCUCAGCGCUGUCAUAAUCGACGGUGUUAAGCCCACACUCGCCGAGUUGGAACGCUUUGAGGAACAACCUGAAGGCAUCGAUUUGGAAUUGCCAACGGAAAAAGAAGAUAAAGCUGUAACACACUCCUUCAGCGCCGGCGACAAUGUGGAAGUGUGCGAAGGCGAAUUGAUUAAUCUCCAGGGUAAAAUUAUCAGCAUUGACGGAGCAAUGAUCACGAUAAUGCCGAAGCACGAAGAUCUUAAGGAUCCGCUAGUAUUUCAAGCUUCUGAGCUGAAAAAGUACUUUAAAAUGGGCGACCAUGUUAAAGUUCUAGCUGGUCGUUACGAAGGCGACACAGGUUUGGUCGUGAGGGUCGAGAAUAACCGAGUCGUGUUGAUCUCGGACUUGACGAUGCACGAGAUGGAGAUUUUACCAAAGGAUUUGCAGCUGUGCACGGAUAUGGCGAGUGGGGUGGAUUCCUUGGGGAAGUUCGAAUGGGGCGAUCUUGUGAACUUGGACGCCGAGACGGUGGGAGUCAUUGUUCGAUUGGAAAGGGAGAAUUUCCAUGUGUUGAACAUGCACGGCAAAGUAGUAGAAUGCCGCCCCGGUUCUCUCCAGAAACGCCGCCUCAAUCGCUUCACCGCCGCUCUCGAUUCCUACCGAAACAACCUCCGCCGCAAAGACAUGGUCAAGGUGAUCGACGGCCCUCACUCGGGUUUUUCCGGAGAAAUCAAACACCUUUACAGAAACUUCGCAUUUCUGCAUUCCGUGGAGUUCCUCCAAAACGGCGGUAUUUUCGUGUGCAAAACUAAACAUUUGCAGUUGGCCGGAGGCAAUAAGAGCGUCCCCGCCGCCGACAUCUCAACAGGAAUGGAGUACAUGUCGCCGAGACGCAGUUCGCCCAUGCACCCAUCAAGCGGGGGCGGCAUGGGCGGCUUCUCUAGCCCCAGACCCGGUGGGGGAGGAGGAGGAGGAGGCGGCGGCGGCAGAGGUAGAGUGUCGCGGGACAGGGACAUCAUCGGGACGACCAUCAAAAUCACCAAGGGUCCGUAUAAAGGAAAUAUCGGUAUUGUUAAGGAUGCAACUCAGUCAACGGCACGUAUUGAACUGCAUACGUCGUGCCAGACGAUCAGUGUGGAUAGAAAUCACAUAGCAGAUGUUGGUACCCCGAGUAGAGAUGGAAGCAUCUCUAGUUACGGCAGAACACCAGCGUACACAGGCAGUCAGACGCCAUUGUAUCGUGACACAGGGAAUAAAACACCUAUGUGUGAUUCUGGUUCACGUACACCGCUGCAUUAUGGUGGAUCCAUGACACCAAUCCAUGAUGGGUCAAGAACACCCAACGCUUCCUCUGAAUGGGACCCGACGGUGUCGAACACAUACCCAUCUCCUGGGUACAAUCCAGGAACGCCAGGUUAUCAAAUGAACGGACCUUUCACGCCGCAGACGCCAGGGACGGUGUACGAUUCCACGUACAGUCCGUACCAAGCCAGCCCAGGUUAUCAAAGCGCCAUUUCUACUCCCAGCCCCGCGACAGGCUACGGCCAAUCGCCUGCGAGCAACAACCCAUACAACACACCGAGCUCAGGUUAUAGCCCUAAUAUGCCCUACAACCCGCAAACUCCGGGCGCUGGGCUUGACGUUUUACCUAUGACGGACUGGCACACUAUCGAUAUAGAAGUGCGCAUCAGGGACAGUCACGACGAUCCAGGAUUAGUCGGACAGACAGGCAUAAUCAGGAGUAUUUCGGGAGCGAUGUGCUCCAUUUUCCUCCCGGAGGAGGAUAGAGUCGUGAAUAUUAUUUCUGAUCACUUGGAGCCGGUGAGGCCACAAAGAGGCGAUGCUUUCAAGGUUAUCAUCGGUGAAGAACGAGAAGCCACUGGUGAAUUGCUAUCGAUCGAUCUUCAUGAAGGUGUGGUGAAGAUGAAAAACGAUAUUAAGAUGUUACCGUUGCAGAAUUUGUGCAAGAUGAGGAAAGAUUUGUAGAAGGAUUUGUGUGAACAUAGCUUUAAAAAUAUAUUUAGGGUUGUAAGUGA